GGGGGCGGGGCCUGCGGCGCGCGCGCGCGGCUCAGGACCAGCGGGAGAAGGAGCGGCGGCGAAGCGAUACCGGCGGCGGCUGCAUGUGCGGGUGCGGAGCGGAGUGGGCGGCGCGGGGCCGAGCGGGGCGGCGCGGCCGGAGCUGGAACCGGGCGAGCAGUAGCCUCGCUCUCCACCGGGAUUUAUGGAGGUGCUGAGAAGCAGCUUUGAGCUCUGCAGUCCCCGGACGCCUCGCCUCUCCCGGCAUCCCAACCUUUGGAUUUAACCAUUCAAGGCUCCCGUGCAUGGAUUGCCCGAGCCAGGCACCGCUGCCGGCUGCCGCCGCCCCAUAGGCUCCCGGUCCCCCUUGCCACCCCCAAGUACUCCACAUACCCCGAUGGGGUAACGUGACGGGGCCACCACUGUGCCACCAUCAUCCCCAUAUGCAGAGGCCUUUCUAGAGCGCAGCACCGGAGGCGACAGCCGCUCGCCAUUGCACACACCAAGGACACCGACACUACAACAAAGGGAUUUUUUUUUUUUUUUUUCGUAAUUAUUAUUAUUAUUAUUAUCAUUAAUAUUAUUAUUACUGUUUGGCUUUCACCCCGGGGGCUUGCGGUGUGUCGAGGAAGCCAGCGCGCUCCCAGGAGCUGGGGUUAUUUGCACAACAGUUGUACAUUGAGUUCUCCAUUCUCUUCUGUUUGUUCUUUUUUUUUUUAAGUGCAGAGAGGGGUGUUGGUUUUUCUUUUCCCCUCCGCACCACUCUUUUCUUGGGUUUUUCCAUCAUCAGCAUCACCUCUGCAUCAUCCUUCUCUUGUCCCACCAUGGCCCGGAUGAACCGCCCUGCACCAGUGGAGGUCUGCUACAAAAACAUGAGGUUCCUCAUCACCCACAAUCCCACAAAUGCCACACUGAGCACCUUCUUGGAGGAUCUGAAGAAGUAUGGUGCCACCACAGUUGUGCGAGUGUGUGAAGUGACCUAUGACAAGACCCCUCUAGAGAAGGAUGGCAUCACCGUCAUGGAUUGGCCGUUUGAUGAUGGAGCACCUCCUCCCAGCAAGAUAGUGGAAGAUUGGCUCAACUUACUGAAGACAAAGUUCUGCGAAGACCCCGGCUGCUGCGUGGCCGUGCACUGUGUGGCUGGCUUGGGGCGCGCUCCCGUCCUGGUUGCCCUGGCUUUGAUUGAGAGUGGGAUGAAGUAUGAAGAUGCCAUCCAGUUCAUCCGACAAAAGCGCAGAGGAGCCAUCAACAGCAAGCAGCUGACCUACUUGGAAAAAUACCGACCAAAGCAGAGACUCCGGUUUAAGGACCCUCAUAACCACAAGAACAAAUGCUGCAUCAUGUAACCUCAAUGACCUCUUGCCAAAAUUUGUGCACACAGACACCCAGGCACUCGCACACAUCUCCCCUGUCUCUUCCCAGCCCCGUGCACCCCCACACACUGCCCCAUUCGUGGACCCCACUGCUGGGGGCUGGAGAGGGGGGGGACACGGAGCACAGCCAGCGUGUCCCAGCACCUGGAGCGCACUUGCCUUGCUGAAUCCCCAAGAAAGGAUGCUCAGCCUAGCUGCAGCCCCAGAGAGGGAAGGCAGUGCUGCCCUUUGACUAUUGACAUUAGCAGGCAAGGAGUUCAUGUGCCGGUUCUUUUGUCGCCUUCCUUCUCUUCUUCCUCUUCCCCUUCCUUUCCUGUUGCACUGAGAUCAAGUCCAGCACAAGGAGAGUGCGCACAGGGGCACUUGUUUUGGGAGUGAUACAGGUAGAGCUGUGCCAGCCAUGGAGGGGUAGGGAGCAAGAAAGCUGGGGUACCCACCUUUCCCACCCUUUCCCCCCCAAAAAGGGCUGCAGCAGUGGGUUUGGAAGUGAGGAUGGCUCAGUGACCUCGGGAGGAAAGAUGGUGAUGGCAGGGAGAGGAAAGGGGCUCAUAGCAUGGUGGUCAUGGGAAUGGCUGAGCUGAGUGCCCCCCAGUGCUGAUCCCUUUCUCCUGCCCCCUCUCCAUCAUCCCCCAUGGGGUUUGCAGAGGGCUCACUGCCCCUCCAGGCCCUGCAGGUAUACAGCAAAGGCAUCAGAAAAUUUGGGGAUGAUGGCAGGGCUUUGAGGUACCCAGCUUUCAGGGGUGCAGGGUCAACACUGGGUCCCACCAAGUGCUGGAUGCUCUUAUUUAUGGCUUCCAAACUCAAUGCACAGAGUGAUGGUUUCUUUCCCACCGUGUCCCCUCUGCUGAGCUUGCAGUGAUGCAGUGGGCCUGAGCUCAUGUGCUCAGCAUCUUUGUCAUUGCAUCCCCAAGCCACGGCACAAAUCCAAGUUCUGACUGUGAUGCCCAGUCAACACAAAGUGCAUUUUGGGGCAUGUCCAUGUCCUCCACCACUAUGUUUGCUGGCCAUGGGGCUGGGAGCUUUCCUAGAGGAUUUUGGGUGCUCCCGGCAAGAGCACAUCACCAAAUUUUGCACCUGCCUUUCCUCCCUUUCUGUUGGCAUCUGCAAUGUACGUGACACCUGGCACCCCAGAUCCUCACCAGUAUGUGCCAUGGGGUGGAUACAGAGCAGUCCCUGAGCCAGGACAGCAAACAUCUCUCAACUUUCUGCCUUUGAAUGCUUGGAGCAGUGGGCACGUAGGGGGCACAGGUGUGUUUUUUCUUUUGAUGAGGGUAAGAAGAAAUUUGCUAAUUAAAGGAAAAAAAAAAACAAAACUGUUUGUCUUCUGCACGUCCUCUGGCCUUUAUUUCUCCCAUUGCUGCCCUGUGGAGCCCAGGAGGUGACUUUCAGCCCUCCAGUCUAAUCCCCAGCACUAUCACCAGGACAUUCAUGUGGCCCAAGUAAUGUCCCAUAUAUCGUAGAAUCAUAGAAUGACCUGGGUUGAAAAGCACCACAAUGAUCAUCUAGUUUCAACCCCCCUGCUAUGUGCAGAGUCACUCAUAUCCUCUGGGCUCACUGUCAAAUACCCCUCAGCUGCAGAGUCACAGAUGUUUGGGCAAGGUGAGCUAGUCACCCAGCAUCUGUGGUUUGGGGCCACCCAACUUGAGAUGCCUUCAGUGCCCUGUGUUGGGUAUCUCCAGAGCUUUGUGUGCCUUCUGACUAUCCAGAAACAGUUUGGAGGGCUCAUUUCUUGGGGUAAAUGUUGAGGAAGUUAGGCUGAGGAUGAGCUUGGAACCCUUUGAAAGAGCUAGACCCACUGUAUAUUAGAGAUGACCACCUCAGGGGAAAUUUAUGGUACCAAGCCAGGUGGACCUGUUAUACCAAGCUAUUAUACCAAGCCCCACAUAGUGGGGCUGCUCAAGAUCCCUUGAGUUUCUGGUGCCCCAUUUUAGGCUGUUGAUUCCCAUGUUUCAUGGGGAAAGCAGUGGUGGCUGCAGGGUCUGCUCUGUUGGGAAGGGUGAUAAAAUGGGCUGAUUAAAAGGCCUGAUCCUGUAUUAAAGCAAGCUCUCUGGGUGGGUCAUCCUUCCCUUCCUGCCCCAUCAUGUCCUGCUGCUAAAAUAGGUGCUGUAGCUGCUGCUUUGUCCCCAGAGGUUUUAGGAAGUGGCUUGGAAUUGUGACUGAGGCAGCCCCAGUUCCUCUUAGAGACCUAUGGAGGGUAUAGGAUGAAGUGAUGGGAACCACCAUAGGGCUAUUUCUGCCCUGACAAACAGAGGAGAAAUGUUGUAAGUCUAAGCUUGUUUUGGGAUCACUUUGGGACGGGCUUUGCAGUGCACUUCAUGUAGCAUCAACCCAACCACCUUAAAAAUAGGGAGCUCAUGUAAAAGCAGUCCUUGACCUGAAAAAUCCAUGUGGCCAAAUCUUGAGCACCUCUGGCUGGCAGAGCAGUGUCUUGGUGUCUUUCAGUUUUGUGAGUCACUGCAGAAGAAACCAUGCUGCUUUAAUUGCCCUAUUUCUUUUCCUUCUUUUUUUUUUCUUUUUUUUUUUUUUUCUCUGAUGGAUGUUUCCUCCUAUCAUGGAACUUUCUGUCACCUCCCACGUGCUGCUCUGGACAGGUCACCUCAGCAGCUCAGGAGCUGCCAACCUUGCACAGAGGGUUUUAACUCAAUUUGAGGUUUCUUUGUGUUGGACUGCCAAAUAUUUGGAAUUUUUUUAACAGAGACUUGGGCUCCUUUCUCCAGGGUACCAGUCCCUCAAUGUUUAAGCCUAUGGGUCAGUUACUGAAAUACAACAGGGUGGGGAAAUUGAGGGUAUCCCAACUGGGUUAGAAAUCUCAAGGCAAUUCCUAAAUGUAAAUCUUGGGAUGGUAAUAGGGAAGUCUGGAGCUCAGUAGAAACAGAGCACCUGAGCAAGUCCUGAGUGACCAAAGGCUUGUAGCUUGGCUGAUUGUGCAGUCUCUUCUUUAUUGUAAUUCCUGUUUCAUCUCAGAUGCCACAACAUGUUGAAAGAGGUGUAGAAAAACUACAUUUGCCAAUUUUGUCAUGGCUCCAGUUGUCUUCAGCAGUCAUAGAGACUUGGGUCUUGCAGAAGUCAUAGAGAAUGGACGCCUCCAUCACUUUGGCUGUGAACAAACCACCUAAUCCCACCCUUACCUGCAGAAGCAAAGGCACAAACUGGGUUUCAUCCCUCCUAUCCCUAUCCAUCUCCUUCCCCUCCUCCAUGGAAAACUUCCAUCAUUCCAUCAGUAAGUCAUGGCUGAGCAUCACAUGGGGGAUAAAUCUGAGCAGCAAUUUGUGAUCGUGUCCUCUUGUGGUGUUACAGGUGUGCCUCUCUUUGCAUUUUGGCUUUGCAUGCCCCUUGCGUUCUCCAUGUUUGCCAGUCUGAUGAUGGAAUGCACGGUGGGAGCAGUGGUUGAAAGGAGAACACCACAGCCAUUGCAAAUUCUUUAUUUAAGAAAGGUCUGGUGGCAGACUUUGCAUUUGCAAAUAUCUGUCAUGGGUCUUGUAGUAAGGCUGAAACUGUGGUGCUUGAGCUGAGAGCUUCAGAUGAGGAUGUUUAUGAGCAACAGAUUUUCCAAGGAUGCAUAGUGAUUGUCUACAAUAGAAUGAGUCGAUUUAUUUUGUUUUUCUUGAGUUCGUUUCUUUUUGUUAUUAGUCCCAGUGGGGAAGUGCACAGGGAGAUUCGUGACUUCCAUGCAGUUUGCAGGGUCUUAUAUCUCAUUUGCUUCCAUCAGGCUGGGUAGGCAGGGUUUGGUGGAUGGGUUUGGAUGGGAUGCUGUCUGGUGGGAGAGAAACGCAGCCAAUUUCUUUGCAUAAUGCGGGUCAUAGGGGGGCUGCAGUCCCCUUUGCAGACUGUAUCAGACAUUGAUGGGGAGGGGGACGUUCCUCCACGCUCAGCUUCUCUUCAGAUGAUGAUCUCCAGAUGAACUCUCGACUUCCCAGCUGUUUCGUUCUGUGCAACAAAGAGCUGCAUAUUUUCCUUUUUAACUCUGUGGGCAAUCAUAGCAGAAUGUAGAUUAAGCCCAGAUGACUUUUUUUUUUUUUUUUUUUU